CCGAAGCGUUGCAAUUGAGACAACUCAUUGAAGCAGACGCACGCACCUUUUCAGUUUCUCUCUCAGAAUUUCUCACUCUCCCUCUCCCUCUCACUCUCAACUCUCUCAACACUCCACACUUUUUUCUCUUCACCAAGAACCCAAAACCCUCGCUUUUCUUUCUAUUCAAUCCAUCUCUUUCUCUGUUUAUUCACAACUAUAAUGAAGCCUGCAGCCAAGAGAAGAUCAUCAACCUCCGAACCACACAACACCAACGGUGCUGCUCCUUCUGCUUCUCCUCCACUUCUUGCUGAUUCUUUAACCGUUCCUGUUCCUGCUGCUGGAGAAGCUGCUAAUGCUCUUGUUCAUGGCGAUUCUCGUGCUGAUACUGUUGGCGCUGGUAUCCAACCCGUUCCUCUCGCUGAGAACCAGAACAUGGAGUUGCAGGUAGGGCAAGCAGAACAACAACAGCAGCGAAGAGAGGAGCUUCUUCGUGUUGAAGUUUCCGGACUGGAAGAAGAAGAUGAAGAAAUGGAUGAUGGUGAUGAUGAUGCUGAAGAAGGUUCGUCUCGCCUUCCUGAGGGUUACUACGAAGUCGAAGCCAUUCGUAAAAGGAGGGUCCGCAAGGGUGAGGUUCACUACUUGGUCAAAUGGCUUGAUUGGCCUGAGACAGCCAACACAUGGGAGCCUCUGGAAAAUCUGGAGGGUGUUUCUGAAAUCGUCUCGGCUUUCGAGGAAAGCUGGCAUUCAGCGCCGCAACGCAGGCGUAAGCGAAAGAAUGUGGUUCAACAUUCUGCGCUUAAGAAGAGGCUGGAGCGAUCCGAGACUCCGUACAGCCUCAGACGAUUUCCGGCUUCAACAUCCACUAGCAACCAUGCUCCAUCAGCUCCUCCUCCUCAAAUAACUGGCCUAAAUUAUGGUGACAUCCCUGCCUUUCCACAGCCAGUGCUUUUCGCUGACGAAGUGGAAAACAACGGGGAUGCUAGCAUUGUCAGAAAUGCUGCACCCCCAAAUGGGAGUAGGCUCGGAAAUGCUUCCGGAUCAGUCGGUGCUGCAAAUGAAGAGCCCGAUUAUGAUCCUAAGCUUAGCGAGCUUAGAGCAUCAACAGCCAAUGGCUCUGAUGCCGACAGGCUCGCCAUACAUUUCCAAGAUCCUAAUCCCUCGUUAGGGGAUGGUCAUGGAGAGGGGCAACCAAAUGGUGGUUGCAUGGAAUCAAGCCAGGGUGGCGGCAGCAGAGGAGCCAGAAAGAGAAAAUCUGGUUCUGUUAAGAGGUUUAACCGAGAUUUACUCUCUGGUGAGCCUCUUAGUUUGCAGAAUCCAGCUGGCACAUCUGAUGGCUCGGCUCAACAGGUGGUAGCCAGUAAUAGGAAGGUGGAUCCGCCCAGACCUUCCAACCCGAUUGUAAAGAUCCUAAAGCCAGUGAACUGUUUGCCGCCAAUUCCAAUCAGCACUCAGGAUGUUGUGGUGAGCUUCUUGGCGAUAAGGGCUGACGGCUCGGAGAUAUUGGUGGACAACCAUUAUCUCAAGAGGAAUUAUCCAAUCAUGCUGAUCGAUUUCUAUGAGCAGCAUCUCCGAUACAGUCCUACGUCGUGACUGAGCAUCAUGCUUGCAGAGCUUCUUUCUUUUCUUUAUUUAGAUUUUCAUCUGUUAGUUGUUGUAUAAUCCGAAAUUGUGUAGAUUCAGAAGAUAGAGAAGGGUAAGAUGCAUUGUUUGUUAGUAUGUAGUUAUGACUAAUUUAAUCAAUUUUAUUCUGUAUUUCGCUAUGUACUAUAUGCAUAUUACCAUUUGCUAUGUUUAAUUGUUGAUAACAUGAAGAGUUAGCUCUGUUGAAUGCACAACACUUUGGAAUCAAGGAUGCAAUUCUUAAAUCUUGGGCAGGAACAGAACAAUUUAUUUUGGAUUAGUAGCAAAUUUUAUGGUACGUUCUUUAUC